CAUGGAACAGUCAUCCAGCAUGACUGAGCCUCGGGGCCCUGUAGACCAUGGAGUUCAGAUUCGCUUCAUCUCAGAGCAAGAGAGUGCCACAGAGAUGGGCACCCUACGUCGUGGUGGGCGACGCCCCGCUAAGGAUGCAAGAGCCAAUACCUAUGGGGUUGCUGUGCGUGUGCAAGGCAUUGCUGGGCAGCCCUUUGUGGUGCUUAACAGUGGAGAGAAAGGGAGUGACUCCUUUGGGGUCCAAAUCAAAGGGGCCAACAACCGAGGAGCCCCGGGAACUCUGAGCUCUGAUUCAGAACUCCCUGACAAUCCCUACUCUCAGGUCAAGGGAUUUCCUGCCUCCUCACAGGGUAGCACAUCUGAUGAGGAGCCUGGAGCCCGCUGGAAUGGAAGACUACUCCGUUCCCAGUCGCAGGCCUCACUGGCAGGACCUGCCUCUAUGGGUCCCAGCAACAGGAGUACUAGCUUGCUGGAGCUAGCCCCACAAGAGACUUCUCCAGGAAGCACCAUUGACACUGCUCCCUUGUCUUCAGUGGACUCACUCAUCAACAAGUUUGACAAUCAAGUUAAGGGCCAGGUCCGGGGCCGGACUGGUCGUCGCACACGGACACUGCCCCAUGAACAGCGCAAGCGGAGCCAGAGCCUGGAUAGCCGGCCCCAACGGGAUACCCUGGAGGAACAGGAGCAUCAGUCUGCCAAUCACUGGACCCCUAGCACGAAGUAUGACAACUAUGUGGAAAGUUCAAAGCAGCCACCUCAGAGCCAGAGCCCUCUCAGUGGCUUUAGCCGUUCCCGUCAGACUCAGGACUGGGUCCUUCAGAGUUUUGAAGAGCCACGGGAGAGAGCUCAGGAUCCAACCAUGCUGCAGUUCAAAUCAACUCCAGACCUUCUCCGAGAUCAACAAGAGGCUGCCCCACCAGGCAGUGUGGACCAUGUGAAGGCUACCAUCUAUGGCAUCCUAAGGGAGGGAAGCUCAGAAAGCGAAGCUUCUGUGAGGAAGAAGGUUAGUUUGGUGCUGGAGCAGAUGCAACCUCUGAUGAUGGUUUCUCCUGUUUCUACUAAGGCAGGGCAGGAUGAGCUCACCCGAAAAGUGGAGGAACUACAGAAAAGUCUGGAUGAAGAGGUGAAGAAGCGGCAGAAGCUAGAGCCUUCUCGGGUUGGGUUGGAGCGGCAGCUGGAGGAGAAGGCAGAAGAGUGCAACCGAUUACAGGAGCUGCUGGAGAGGAGGAAGGGGGAGGCCCAGCAGAGCACCAAAGAGCUUCAGAACAUGAAGCUCCUCCUGGACCAGGGUGAAAGGUUACGGCAUGGACUGGAGACCCAGGUGAAGGAGCUGCAGCACAAGCUGAAACAGGGCCAGGGUGCUGAGCCUGCUAAGGAGGUACUCCUGAAGGACCUGUUAGAGACCCGGGAACUUCUGGAAGAGGUCUUAGAAGGAAAACAAAGAGUAGAGGAACAGUUGAGGCUUCGAGAGCGGGAGUUGACAGCUCUGAAGGGGGCCCUGAAGGAGGAGGUGGCCUCCCGUGACCAGGAGGUGGAGCAUGUCCGUCAGCAGUACCAGCGAGACACAGAGCAGCUUCGCCGAAGCAUGCAGGACGUGACCCAGGACCAUGCAGUGCUGGAGGCUGAGAGGCAAAAGAUGUCAGUCCUAGUGCGGGAGCUGCAGAGAGAGCUAGAGGAGACCUCAGAGGAGACAGGGCAUUGGCAGACCAUGUUCCAGAAGAACAAGGAGGAGCUGAGAGCCACUAAGCAGGAACUCCUGCAGCUGCGGAUGGAGAAGGAGGAGAUGGAAGAGGAGCUUGGGGAGAAGAUGGACAUCAUGCAGAGGGACUUAGAGCAGGCCCGAGCCAGUGCUAGAGAUAUUCACCAGGUUGAGCAGCUCAAGAAGGAGCUGCACCGGACACAGGAGGAACUUAAGGAGCUACAGGCAGAGCAGCAGAGCCAGGAGGUGGCUGGGCGACACCGUGACCGGGAGUUAGAGAAGCAGCUGGCAGUUCUGAGGGUUGAGGCUGAUCGAGGCCGAGAGCUGGAAGAGCAGAACCUCCAGCUACAAAAAACUAUUCAGCAACUGAGACAGGACUGUGAAGAGGCUUCCAAGGCCAAGCUGGCAGCUGAGAAGGAGGCUGCAGUGCUGGGGCAGCGGCAGGCAGCAGUGGAGACCACACUUCGGGAGACCCAGGAGGAGAAUGAUGAAUUCCGCCGACGCAUCAUGGGUCUGGAGCAGCAACUGAAAGAAGCUCGAGGCCUGGCGGAGGGUGGGGAAGUGGUGGAGGCACGACUUCGGGACAAGGUGCAGCGACUGGAGGCAGAGAAACAGCAGCUAGAGGAGGCACUAAAUGCAGCUCAGGAAGAGGAGGGCCUGGUAUCAGCCAAGCGGGCACUGGAGAUCCAGCUGGACGAGGCCCAGCGUGGGCUGACACGCCUGGGGCACGAGCAGCAAGCACUGAACCGUGCCCUAGAGGAGGAGGGAAAGCAGCGAGAGGUACUCCGGCGCAGCAAGGCAGAGUUGGAGGAACAGAAGCAUUUGCUGGACAGGACUGUGGACAGACUCAACAAGGAGCUGGAGCAGAUUGCGGAUGACUCCAAGCAAGCCCUGCAGCAGCUCCAGACCCAGCUGGAGGAUUACAAGGAAAAGGCCCGGAGGGAAGUGGCAGAUGCCCAGCGCCAGGCCAAGGAUUGGGCCAGUGAGGCAGAGAAGAACUCUGGGGGGCUGAGCCGGCUUCAGGAUGAGAUUCAGAGACUACGACAGGCCCUGCAGGCAGCCCAGGCUGAGCGGGACACAGCCUGGCUGGAUAAAGAGCUGUUGACCCAGAGACUACAGGGACUGGAGCAAGAGGCAGAGAACAAGAAGCGCUCCCAAGAUGACAGGACUCGGCAAUUGAAGAGCCUGGAGGAAAAGGUCUCACAUCUAGAAGCAGAGUUAGAUGAAGAAAAGAACACUGUGGAGCUGUUAACAGACCGGGUGAAUCGUGGCCGGGACCAGGUGGAUCAACUGAGGACAGAGCUUAUGCAGGAGAGGUCUGCUCGGCAGGACUUGGAGUGUGACAAAAUCUCCUUGGAGAGACAGAACAAGGACUUGAAGACCCGAUUGGCCAGCUCAGAAGGCUUCCAGAAGCCCAGUGCCAGCCUCUCUCAGCUUGAGUCCCAGAAUCAGUUGUUACAAGAAAGGCUACAAGCUGAAGAGAGGGAGAAGUCAGUUUUGCAGUCCACCAACCGAAAACUGGAGCGAAGAGUUAAAGAGCUGUCAAUCCAAAUUGAUGAUGAGCGGCAGCAUGUCAAUGACCAGAAAGACCAGCUAAGUCUGAGAGUGAAGGCUUUGAAGCGGCAGGUGGAUGAAGCAGAAGAGGAAAUUGAGCGUCUGGAUGGCCUGAGGAAGAAGGCGCAGCGUGAGCUGGAGGAGCAGCAUGAGAUCAAUGAACAGCUCCAGGCCCGGAUCAAAUCCCUGGAAAAGGACUCUUGGCGCAAAGCUUCCCGCUCAGCUGCUGAGUCGGCCCUCAAGCAUGAGGGGCUGAGUUCUGAUGAGGAAUUUGACAGUGUUUACGACCCCUCAUCCAUCGCAUCAUUGCUUACGGAGAGCAACCUGCAGACCAGCUCCUGUUAG